GACAUAAAACAUAAGGGCUUUUUUGCACAACUCCUCUCACCUAACCAUUUACUUUUAGGUUAACACAUUACAUCAACACAUACAAAACCAGAAAAAAAAAACCAGCGUUAGAUACAUAGAGAUCACCCACCCACAUUGACCAUUUCAUAUCUCUUUCUUUCCUCAAUAUAAAAAAAAAUCCUCCUUAUAUAGCCUCUUCUCAUCCCUAUUCAUAUCUUCUUUGUGGGAUGAGCUUAAACCCAACAACCUGAUAAAAUUAGAAAAAAAACAUGUCUGGCUUUCUUGGAAAACUAUCUCCAGCCAAAAGGGUAGUAGCUGGCAACAAUAAUGAUCUUCCUCUGUUUUAUUCAAACUCCAUGGAGAGAUGUCCAAGAGACACGCCUAGAGUUACCGCCACACUCGGAGAGCUUCUCAUGAACGUGGAGGAUGCAAGGAAUGAUCAACGGGGUUUAGAAAUGGCCUCACCUCUCACUUCUUCAGCGUCAUCUUUCAACUCAUGGACCUCAGCUCCAGCUUCUUCUAUAACCUCUUCCCCCUUUGUUCUUUCCUUCACCGACUUGACCUAUAGCGUGAAGAUCAAGAAAAAGUUUCCUCCCUUUUGUGGAAACUCCUCAUCAAAUGAUUCUGCCUUGAACACCAAGAUACUACUGAAUGGUAUCUCAGGCGAAGCCCACGAAGGGGAGAUGAUGGCUGUUCUAGGAGCAAGCGGGUCAGGUAAAUCAACGCUCAUCGAUGCUUUAGCCAACCGUAUAGCCAAAGACAGCCUCAGAGGCUCCAUCACCUUAAACGGAGAGGUUCUUGAAUCCCGCCUCCAGAAAGUCAUAUCUGCUUACGUGAUGCAAGACGACCUUCUCUUCCCUAUGCUCACCGUUGAGGAAACUCUAAUGUUCUCAGCAGAGUUCAGGCUCCCUCGCUCCCUCUCCAAGAAGAAGAAAAAGGCAAGAGUACAAUCUUUGAUCGACCAGCUAGGUCUAAGAAGCGCGGCAAGAACCAUGAUCGGUGAUGAAGGACAUAGAGGUGUGUCCGGAGGAGAAAGGAGACGUGUUUCGAUUGGGAUCGACAUCAUCCACGACCCGAUUAUACUCUUUCUCGACGAGCCAACCUCGGGGUUGGACUCUACAAGUGCCUACAUGGUCAUCAAAGUGUUACAAAGAAUCGCGCAAAGUGGUAGUAUAGUCAUCAUGUCCAUACACCAGCCUAGCUACAGAAUCAUGGGUUUGCUAGAUAGACUAAUCUUCCUUUCGAGAGGAAACACAGUCUUCAGCGGCUCGCCCACACAUCUCCCUCAAUUCUUCUUCGAAUUCGACCACCCGAUCCCUGAGAACGAGAACAAAACAGAGUUUGCUCUCGAUCUCAUCCGGGAGCUGGAGAAUUCCCCAGAAGGAACCAAGAAACUGGUCGAGUACCACAAGGAAUGGCGAGUGAAACAACAAGCAGCAGCGCGCUACUACAACAACGGCAUCACUCUCAAAGAAGCGAUAACCGCGAGCAUCUCCAAAGGGAAACUCGUCUCCGGAGCAGCAACAACAAACUCUCCCUCCUCAUUCCAAACUUACGCGAAUCCCUUCUGGAUCGAAAUGAUCGUUAUCGGCAAGCGCUCUAUACUCAACUCGAUGAGGCAGCCCGAACUCAUCGGGAUGCGUAUAGGAGCUGUAAUGGUCACUGGAAUCAUAUUAGCCACGAUGUUCACGAAGCUAGACAACUCCCCCAAAGGAGUCCAAGAGCGUCUAGGCUUCUUCGCAUUCGCCAUGUCCACCACGUUCUACACGUGCGCGGAGGCCAUCCCGGUCUUUCUCCAAGAGCGUUACAUCUUCAUGAGAGAGACCGCUUACAACGCCUACCGCAGAUCCUCCUACGUCCUCUCGCAGUCCAUAAUCUCGAUCCCUUCGCUCAUCUUCCUCGCCGCGUGCUUCGCAGCCACCACUUUCUUCGCCGUCGGUCUCGCCGGAGGGGCCAGCGGCUUCCUCUUCUUCUUCCUCACCAUCUUGGCUUCCUUCUGGGCCGGAAGCUCCUUCGUUACGUUCCUAUCCGGCGUCGUGUCGAACGUGAUGCUCGGAUUCACCGUCGUUGUAGCCAUCCUCGCUUACUUCCUCCUCUUCUCUGGAUUCUUCAUCUCACGUGAUCGUAUCCCUCUCUACUGGAUCUGGUUCCAUUACCUCUCGCUGGUGAAGUACCCUUACGAAGGCGUUUUGCAGAACGAGUUCGAAGAUACGACCAAGUGUUUUGUCCGAGGGAUUCAGAUAUUCGAUAACUCGCCGCUGGGGCAGUUUCCGAACGCUGUGAAGCUGAGUUUGUUGAAGAGUAUGAGCGGUGUUUUGGGGAUUAAUGUGACGGCGGAGACGUGCGUGACGACGGGGAUUGAUAUUCUGAAGCAGCAGGGGGUUACGGAGAUUAGUAAGUGGAAUUGCUUGUGGAUCACGGUUGCUUGGGGGUUCUUCUUUAGGGUUUUGUUUUACUUCACGUUGUUGAUUGGAAGUAAGAACAAACGGAGGUGAUGAAACAGUUUGUUUUACUGUCUGAAAAUCACAAAAAGGUUGUCGUGUUUUAUUUUAAUUUUUCUAAAGCUAAAUAUUUGUAUUUCUUCGUUAUUUAUAAACUAAUCAAGUAAUUAAAUGGUGUAUUUCAUCUGCCCCUAAAGCUAUGAUUUUUUUCGGUAAUGUAUUAAGUCAUAAUUUACGGAAUGAAAUAACUGUUUAUGUUAAUUAUCAAAAUUUCUGUUGCAAUAAAAAAAUUGUUGAAUUUCUUAAGUUUUUUAUACGUUUGAAGACUAGAUCCUUGAAUGUUUUAUGUUUGGUCCAGAAAAUCAAUUUGUACAAAAAUUUGGGUCAACCAAUUUAUUUAUGAUUAUAAACUAUGCAUUGUUCACAUCCAAUUUUGAUACAAUUUUAGGCUCACUAGAUUGCGGAUUGCCUAAAAUUGUAUUCUCUUAGACCAUGAUUAAUGAGAUGAUUAAUGGGAUUCAUAGGGGUGGAGUUCUUACCUUAAUUUAAAAACCUUUAAAAACCCCUAUUCAUCAUGCUCUUAGAACAAAACUUAGGUUGAACCUAAAAUUGUAUUCUCAUAAAACUUAUGGGGUGAACCUAAGUUUUGUUCAUUCUCUUAUAUGUGUGUGCUUUGGAUCCUUUUAAGUUCAUGUUCUGAUUAUAAAUUUUGCAUUUCCCCAGUUGAGAUGGGCUAAACAGUAUGAUUUAAAGACAUAAUGGUUGGCUUUUCAAUUUAAGAAAAAUUAUAAAGUUGUUGAAAGUACGUGGAUAACUAUAUAACAUUUUUUUGUGUGCUAAAUAUGGAUAACUAAAACUUCAGCUUGAGAAGACAUGAGUUUUUAACUGGUAAGCUUUAGUGAAGAAA